AGUCUCUCUCUACCCCUCCCUUCCUCUCUACCCGAGCCUCUCUCUCUUCCUCCGCCCUCCGCCCUCCCCCUCCUGCAUUAGCAGAACUGCUCCAGCCUCCUCCCGGAGCCAGCCGAGCAGCGGAGGCAGUGGCAGCAGGAGAGACAGGAGCAGCUGGGGCAGCAGAGCUGUAUUGGGGUGUUGACUCCAGGCUGAGGGGGACAGGCCGCUGCUUUUGGUCCCUGUGCUGGCUGGGCCAGACGCCCUGUCUGGGACCCAGGCAGGGUGGACAGGGCGAGCUGCCACCUGAGUCCAGCUGGGGAGGCAGACGAUGAGGAGCGAUGGGGCAGGCGUGCGGCCACUCCAUCCUCUGCAGGAGCCAGCAGUACCCGGCAGCGCGACCGGCUGAGCCGCGGGGCCAGCAGGUCUUCCUCAAGCCAGACGAGCCGCCGCCGCCGCCGCCGCAGCCAUGCGCCGACAGCCUGCAGCUGGCCGCCACUUCCUUGCACAGGAGCCUGCACCCCCAGGGAGUAGAGACGACCAACUGGAGGAUGCUUUGCUGAGCCUGGGCUCUGUCAUCGACAUCACAGGCCUGCAACAAGUCGUCAAGGAGGCACUCUCAGCCAUUCUCCCCAGAGUGGAGACUGUCUACACCUACCUGCUGGACGGGGAGUCCCGGCUGGUGUGUGAGGAGCCCCCGCACGAGCUGCCCCAGGAGGGGAAAGUCCGAGAGGCUGUGAUCGCCCAGAAGCGGCUGAGCUGCAAUGGACUGGGCCCCUCAGACCUGCUGGGGAAGCCCUUGGCCAAGCUGCUGACCCCAUUGGCCCCUGACACCCAAGUGCUGGUCAUACCGCUGGUGGACAAGGAGGCCGGGGCUGUGGCAGCUGUCAUCUUGGUUCACUGUGGCCAGCUGAGCGACAGUGAGGAGAGGAGCCUGCAGGCUGUGGAAAAGCAUACCCUGGUGGCCCUGCGGAGGGUGCAGGCCCUGCAGCAGCGAGGGCCCGGAGCGGCCCCCGGCGCCGUCCAGAAUCCCCGGGUGGAGACCGCGGAUGACGAGAAGAGCGGAGUUGCGUACACAGACCAGGACCGCAAGGUCCUGCAACUGUGCGGGGAACUCUAUGACUUAGACGCCUCUUCCCUGCAGCUGAAAGUCCUCCAAUACCUGCAGCAGGAGACCCAGGCAUCCCAGUGCUGCCUCCUGCUGGUGUCCGAGGACAACCUCCAGCUUUCCUGCAAGGUCAUCGGAGAUAAAGUGCUGGAGGAAGAGAUCAGCUUUCCACUGACAACGGGACGCCUUGGCCAGGUGGUAGAAGAUAAGAAGUGCAUCCAGCUGAAGGACCUCACCUCUGAGGAUGUACAACAGCUGCAAAGCAUGUUGGGUUGCGAGCUGCAGGCCAUGCUCUGUGUCCCUGUCAUCAGCAGGGCCACUUACCAGGUGGUGGCCUUGGCCUGCGCCUUCAACAAGCUUGGAGGAGACUUGUUCACAGACCAGGACGAACAUGUGACCCAGCACUGCUUCCACUACACCAGCACGGUGCUCACCAGCACCCUGGCCUUCCAGAAGGAGCAGAAACUUAAGUGUGAGUGCCAGGCUCUUCUCCAAGUGGCAAAGAACCUCUUCACUCAUCUGGAUGAUGUCUCUGUCCUGCUCCAGGAGAUCAUCACAGAGGCCAGAAACCUCAGUAAUGCAGAGAUCUGCUCCGUGUUCCUGCUGGAUCAGAACGAGCUGGUGGCCAAGGUGUUCGACGGGGGCGUGGUGGAUGACGAGAGUUAUGAGAUCCGCAUCCCGGCCGACCAGGGCAUCGCAGGCCACGUGGCGACCACCGGCCAAAUCCUGAACAUCCCGGACGCGUACGCGCACCCGCUUUUCUACCGCGGCGUGGACGACAGCACGGGCUUCCGCACGCGCAACAUCCUGUGCUUCCCCAUCAAGAACGAGAACCAGGAGGUCAUCGGUGUGGCCGAGCUGGUGAACAAGAUCAAUGGGCCAUGGUUCAGCAAGUUCGACGAGGACCUGGCUACUGCCUUCUCCAUCUACUGCGGCAUCAGCAUUGCCCAUUCCCUUUUGUACAAAAAAGUGAAUGAGGCUCAGUAUCGCAGCCACCUGGCCAACGAGAUGAUGAUGUACCACAUGAAGGUCUCUGACGACGAGUACACCAAACUUCUCCAUGACGGGAUUCAGCCUGUGGCUGCCAUUGACUCCAACUUCGCAAGUUUCACUUACACACCUCGCUCUCUGCCCGAGGAUGACACCUCCAUGGCUGUCCUGAGCAUGCUGCAGGACAUGAAUUUCAUCAAUAACUACAAAAUUGACUGCCCGACACUGGCCCGGUUCUGUCUGAUGGUGAAGAAGGGCUACCGGGAUCCCCCCUACCACAACUGGAUGCACGCCUUUUCUGUCUCCCACUUCUGCUACCUGCUCUAUAAGAACCUGGAGCUCACCAACUACCUCGAGGACAUCGAGAUCUUUGCUUUGUUUGUUUCCUGCAUGUGUCAUGACCUGGACCACAGGGGCACCAACAACUCCUUCCAGGUGGCCUCGAAAUCUGUGCUGGCUGCGCUCUACAGCUCUGAGGGCUCUGUCAUGGAGAGGCACCACUUUGCUCAGGCCAUCGCCAUCCUCAACACCCAUGGUUGCAACAUCUUCGACCACUUCUCCCGGAAGGACUAUCAGCGCAUGCUGGACCUGAUGCGGGACAUCAUCUUGGCCACGGACCUGGCCCACCACCUCCGCAUCUUCAAGGACCUCCAGAAGAUGGCUGAAGUGGGUUACGACCGAAACAACAAGCACCACCACAGCCUCCUCCUCUGCCUCCUUAUGACCUCCUGUGACCUCUCUGACCAGACAAAGGGCUGGAAGACCACAAGAAAGAUCGCAGAGCUGAUCUACAAAGAGUUCUUCUCCCAGGGAGACUUGGAGAAGGCCAUGGGCAACAGGCCAAUGGAGAUGAUGGACCGUGAGAAAGCCUACAUCCCUGAGCUGCAGAUCAGCUUCAUGGAGCACAUAGCAAUGCCCAUCUACAAGCUGCUGCAGGACCUGUUCCCCAAGGCAGCAGAGCUGUAUGAGCGCGUGGCCUCUAACCGUGAGCACUGGACCAAGGUGUCCCACAAGUUCACCAUCCGCGGCCUCCCAAGCAACAAUUCACUCGACUUCCUGGAUGAGGAGUACGAGGUGCCCGAGCUGGAUGGCGCCGGGGUCCCCAUCAAUGGCUGCUGCAGCCUUGACGCUGAGUGAGCCCCACCUGGGACCUUUCCCCACCCAGGCCUUCUCCCACAGCCCUCCACCAGCCUGGCCAGAUGUACUGGGGACCAGAGCCAGGGGUCCUGGGAUCUAGACCAGGACUUUCCAUCUGACCCUGGGCAAGGCCUGACCUUCCCAGGCCUCAGUUUUCUUAUCUAUAAAAUGGAAGCAAGACUUCCAGCCUCACUGAGACUUUGUAAUUUGUCCCCUGAGAACACAGGGGAGACCAAUGAGCAGCAGACAUUGUGCUGCACCUUGGCAAGUCCUCCCAAGCCACUCCUCCAAAGCAGCCUGGCUGGUUUCCCCCGUGCCCCAUCUAUUCCCCACUGGAUCUGGGCCCUUGACCCCUGUAGGCAACCCCUGGGUCUCCGAGAUCCUCAUGGAAGGGAAGAUGAGUGAGCAGAGGGUGGGCUCUUAGAAACAGUCAUCCUCCUGCAGAAGGACUAGAACUAGUCAUGGAACUGAAGGUGCCCCUGAGGAUGCCACCCUGCUUAUGUGGGGAUUCGGACCUGGGGAGAUGCAGGGUCCCAGGAGGAAGCUGCCAGAGGGGCAGCUAAGUGCUUUGCGGGGGGGAGGGAUCCCUGGGCUGGGAGACAGGCCUAGGUUUCAGUGAGCAAUGCUUCCUCCCGGCUGUGUGACUCGAGGCAAGUCCCUUCCCCUUUCUGGGCAAAAUGGGAGGAUGAGCCAAUCCGUUCCCUAAGACCCCUUUCAGAUCAAAAUCCCUAUAGCUCUGCAUGUAGUCCCAGGAUAGGCUGCGGCAUGUCCCUGCCACCCUGGGGCACACAGAGCGCUGAACCCUGAGUCCUUCAGUGGCCUCCUGACUUUCCCCCCUUGGCCUGAGCCCCUCCCCCAUUCCUGCAGCCAGAGAGGGGCCCAGCCUCAGCCCUGGCAGGGCUUCUUUCCUCCUCAAGGCCAUAUCCACCUGUGCCCUGGGGCUCUGGAGACCCCACAGGGCUGGGCCUCUUGGGUGAGCCCGGCCACUGGCUUCUCUCUUCUCUGUUUUGUUCUGUAUGUGUGGUGGGGUGGGGGGAGGGGGGCCACCUGCCUUACCUAUUCUGAGUUGCCUUUAGAGAGAUGCGUUUUUCUAGGACUCUGUGCAACUGUUGUAUAUGGUCCCGUGGGCUGACUGCUUUGUAUAUGAGAAUAAAUCUAUUUCUUUCUACCAAC